GAGAAAGAUCGCGCAGGUGUUCAGCAGCCCGAACCUCGCGAAGAAUGCAACUUCUCACCUGCGCAUAAGAGGCUGCUGGCCUAUGAAUGGGACUGUGCUGUGGCCAACACUGCUUUCGGGACUUCAGUCAGGACUAUGUGCUGCCCAUGUGCCACUCUGAAUGCACUGGCCAGCUGUUUGCGAGAGCAGGGAGGGUGGGGCGGCCCACCGGGGGCGAGGUGGAAACAGGGCAAUGCCCCCUCCGUUCCGGAUCGCGGUGCUGGGAGCUCAGGGGGUGGGCAAGACGGCCAUUGUGCAGCGCUUUCUUCACGAUGACUACAGUGAAGUGGCGGUGUCCAGUAAGACACGGCGGAUGCAUCUUUCUGCCGCAGUGCUCAAUGGUCAUGUGCAUGACCUUCAGAUCACAGAUUAUCCAGCCAUCAGCAGCUUUCCUGUCAGCUCUCUACAGGAAUGGUCAGAUGUUUGCUGUCGAGGCAUUCGGAGCGCUCAUGUCUAUGUUCUGGUUUAUGACAUCUGCUGUUUCGACAGCUUUGAGUAUGUCAAGACCAUGCGGCAGCAGAUCUUAGAGAACAGAGUCAUGGGCUCUGGAGAGACGCCCAUUCUGAUUGUCGGCAACAAGCGUGAUCUGCAGCGAGGUCGCGUCAUCCCUCGACACAGCGUAUCUGACUUAGUCCGAAAGAGCUGGAAGUGUGGAUAUGUGGAGUGCUCUGCCAAGUUCAACUGGCACAUUUUACUGUUGUUCGGAGAGGCUCUCCGCAGCGUGGGUUGUGCCCGCUGCAAGCACGUCCAUGCCACCAUCCGUUUCCAGCGGGCGCUCAGGAGAGAGAGAUGCGUCCUAAUGUGAGCUCGCUGUUUCUCUUCUACAGAGCUCAUUCUAAAGCGGUUUAUGGCUAUGGACACUCUAUUAUUGUGUGGGCAGCUG